AUGUUGGGCAAUUCUGUGCGCUCGACCAAGGGGAUGGCCAUCCUGGUCGGGUCCAUCUUCUUCGUCGCGGCAUUCGUCGGUCUAGUUUUUAACCAUCUCGACUCUUGGGAUCUUCCAGCCAGACCAAAGACGCAACAUUCUCAACCGACUGCACCGACCACUGUCGAUGACACCGGGGCUACGACGACGACGAAACCACCGUCAAGUGCCAAAAAGCCAACAGCCUCCAACGACGAUGAGCUUCGAAACUUCUUCCUCAAGCAAAUGUACAAACCCGCUCUUAAGCCGGAUCAGGCAGUCUUCAAACCCUAUAAUGCUUUUGAGUGGAAACUGUCCGAAAAGGCGCAUUGGCAGCAACCCAUGAGGGAGAAUCUCUGCAUCAUUGACCUCGACAACCGGCCUUUCAAUGAAACUGGUCAAGUGUUUGGGCCAAAUAUCAUGGACUUUGACAGCCCCACGGGUGUGCAUGGCUUGUCUCUUGGCAUUCUGAAUCAUUACGUAUAUGCUCGCAUCCACGGAUAUAAGUACUACUAUAUUAACACCGUCGACCCGGGUGACCGCCGAGCCUCUUGGAAGAAACCUCCUGUUAUUUCUAAAAUUCUUAAAGAGCACGACGUUUGCAUCUACCUUGACUCAGACGCCAUCUUCCACCACCUCGAUCUUCCCUUCGAAUGGCUCUUGAAUUACUGGAAACUUUACCCCGACAACAACUCUAUGGCUCUUGCCAUUGACCCCGAUUCUGAUUGGAACAAGGAUAAAUACGGCAAGUUAUAUCUCAACACGGGCUUCAUCAUUUCACAAAACAACCCAACGACAUAUAAGAUUAUGGAUGCCUGGAACAAAUGUCCUGAUGACGACGGACCGUAUCCUGAGUGCAAGGAGUUCCGGAAGAAUUCUCCUGGCCGCCCGACAGACCAGGGCGGGUUUGGUACUUUUGUCCGCUACAACUUCACUGAACACAUUCGGGAAUUAGCCUGCACAGAAGCAAACGGUUUUCCUCAAACCGAAUCCGGUUGCAAUGGCGUAUUUGUCCGCCAUUUGUGGACAGGAAAAGAUGACCAAAUCAAAAUCGAUGUCGGCACACAGAUGCCUGGCCCGUACGUGAAGCUCUUCCACGAGCAAUAUUUGAGGGAGAAGCCGACUUUCUACAUUGAAGAGAAAGAUUUGCUUAGUCUUGGCCCGUCGGCAGCAUUGAAGGGCAAGACGGCCGCACAAUGA